AUGCAUCUGGACACGUGCUCAAGGACUGCCCACAGAUUGCUGGUGAGUGAGUCUCAAGCAGCUCGAGCAUCUGCACAAGCACUGCCCCUCCCGCCCUGCCAUGCUGCCCCCCACGCCUGGCGGGGUGCCAUCUGGUCUGGGGUGACAUCUGAUUCUGCUGCUGCUGGGAUGCCUGAGGCGGCGGCAAGUGGAGUCAAGUGCUUCGGGUGCAAUGCAUCUGGACACAUGCUCAAGGACUGCCCACAGAUUGCUGGUGAGUCUGCUGGGGAUGCAACGAACUUGGUGCGGAUCAGCAUGAGUGGCAGCGUGGGUGGCAGGAGUGACUUGUUGACCUUGGUGUGGGCGGUGGAGCGGAGCAGCGUGAGAAGCAACGCAGGUGGGACAAGCGCCUCUCGCCUCUUCCCAUCGCCCGACAGCACUCGCCCAGGCCACACGAAAGCACUUGCCACUUGCCACUUGCGUAGUUCACCUCUGCCAUGCUUUGCCUACUCCAUCCUCAUCUCUCGUGUGAUAGAAGUGUAUGGGCAGGGUGGUAUGGCUGUGUCUAACAUUCAGCAGGCUCCUCCUGCUGCUGCUGCUGGUUCUGUUGGUGCUGGUGUUGGUGGUGGUGGUGGUGCUGGUGGUGUUGGUGCAAUGGGUGCUGUUGUGUCAGGCCCUGGCUUUCCCCUAGGCACUGUUGCUCCUUUCCCUGCCCCUGCUCCUCCUGCUCCUGCUGUUACGGCCCCUGCUGCUCCUGCUGGUGGCGGUUCUGCUGUGUAUGGUGCUGCUGGUUCUGGUGGUUAUGGUGGUGGUGGUGUUUCUGGUCCUGGUAUGCAAGGCAUGCAAGGCAGUGGAGUGGGUGGGGGCAGUAUACCAGGGAGUGCAGAUGGAUUAGGAGGAGUGGUGGGCGGUGGAGGGAUGGGUGGAGGAACGGGAGGAGGAAUGGCGGAAGGGAUGAGGGGAGGGGCGGCUGGAGGAAUGGGGGCAGGGACAGGGGGCGGAAUGGGAGCCGGAAUGACAGGAGGAAUGGGGGGAGGAAUGGUGGGAGGAAUGGGAGGGGGAGGAGCAGGGGACGUGGUUUAUGUGGCUAUCCCAGCGGCGGCAGCAGCAGCUGCAGCAGCAAGGGGCGAGCAGCUUAUUUUAGUCAGUGCUAGUGAUGGCCGGUUGGUGGGGCAGGAUGGAGUGAUGCUGCCUCAGGGGGGAACGCAGCAAGGGGGAGUGCAGCAGGGGGGAAUGCAUCAGGGGGGAAUGCAGCAAGGGGGAUUGCAGCAGGGGGGAAUGCAGCAGGGGGGAAUGCAGCAAGGGGGGAUGCAGCAGGGGGGGAGACAGGAUGGGGUGAUGCUUCCGCAAGGGGGAAUGCAGCAGGGGGGCAUGCAGCAAGGACGAGUGCAGGGGGGGGAAUUGCAGCAGGGGGGAGUGCAGGUGGGGAGAUUGCAGCAGGGGGGUCAGCAGGGGAUGCAGCAGGGUGGGCAGCAGCAAGGGGGGGUGUCACUGCAAGCAGAGUCAGGGGGGCAGCAAAUAUUUGUUGUGGGGAAGGAUGGGAUGUUGACUCAGCAAGCUGUAAGACUUUCCGGGCAGCCUGUGGGGCAGCAGCAGCCACCGCAGCAGCAGCAGGCGAGAAUUUCAGGUGAAAUGUCAGGUGUUUUGCAGCAGUAUGAGCCUGUUCAGGUGUACACUGGAGCAGGAGGGUCAUAUGGUACCACUCCUGCUGGGGGAAGCAUAGAGGGCGUUCGUUCGCAAGGCUCCUAUGGCACUGCUGCAAAUACCCCUGGACCUGGGGGGUAUGGUGCGAGUGCACCCUACAGCAGUGGUGCUACUACUGGUGGUUCGUCCCUCUCUACCCCCCCUUGGCUUGCCGCUGGUCCUGUUUCUACUCCAAACGGUCCUCCUCUCCCCCCGGGACCACCUCCCACUUAUGACACGAGGAUCGACACGAGGGUCGACACAAGGGGUGCAUCUGGAGGAGGGGGUUUACCAGGCCAGCCGUACACUGGUAUUCUGAUUGAAUUUGCGCGGCUGGCGGUCGUCACGGCAGCUGCGCGCCGAGCCGCAGCGUGCCGAGUCGCAGCACGCCAAGGCGCUUUACAUCGAGGCUUCAUGGGGUCCGUGCUGGGUCGCAUCGAGGUCGAGACGCCGCGAUUCACGGUGGAGGAGAAGACGGAUGCUUUUGAGAUUCGCCGAUACCCGCCGCAGAUGGCGGCGGAGGUGACUUACGACGGCGACCACUUUCAGCGUGUCGGUUCCAGAAGCGGAUUUUUCGCCCUGGCAGGCUACAUCGGGGUGCUGGAAGUGGUAACACCCGUCGCAGGAGAAACGGGCGCUGGCGAAUCAACCACAGCAGCGAGCAAAACGACGAUGCAGUUCCUCCUGCCAGCAUCGUUCACACCAGAAAACACCCCCAUUCCCACCAACCCAGACGUGCGCGUGCGACAGGUUCCUGCGCGCCUGAUUGGUGCACUCACUUUCUCGGGUUUGACGACGAAUGCUGUGCUGGAGCACAAGUCGCAGGAGCUGCGGAGUGCGUUGGAGAAAGCAGGUUACGGUAUCGCGGGCGAAUAUGUGCUCGCGCGAUACAACGACCCGUUCACGAUUCCGUGGUUUCGCACUAACGAAAUUCUGUACCCGUUAGAGGAGGUUCGGAAAGAAAGUGGUUUAUAA